GGACCACAAGGCGAAGAGGGAGCUGCCGGUGACAAAGGAAACGACGGACGUGACGGUCGUCCAGGACACAAGGGACCACGUGGCCCGUCGGGCGAGAACGGCAAAGAGGCUGAGAAUGGCGAGGAUGGNCGAGGAUGGUGCCAACGGUGACCAAGGAGACGCCGGACCAGACGGGCCGAAAGGCAGCUGUGACCACUGUCCACCACCCAGAACCGCGCCAGGCUAUUAA